CGAACCACCACCAUGUCUCGGCCCCAAGAUGACAGGAAUCAGGAAGCGACAGUGUACUUGGGAAACCUGGACGAGCGGUGUACGGAUGCGCUCAUAUGGGAGUUGAUGUUGCAGGCCGGACCAGUCGUGAAUGUACAUUUGCCAAAGGACCGCAUAUCUAUGGCGCACCAGGGUUAUGGUUUUUGUGAGUUCUUGACCGAGGAGGAUGCAGAAUAUGCCUGCAAGAUUAUGAAUCAGAUCAAACUAUGGGGAAAGCCCAUCAGGGUGAACAAGGCAUCCUCUGACAAGAAGCAACUGGAUGUUGGAGCAAACCUUUUCAUCGGCAACCUCGACGAAAAUGUGGACGAACGUUUGCUUUACGACACCUUCAGCGCGUUCGGCAUGAUGGCCACCACAGCGAAGAUCGCGCGCGACCCACAAACCGGGAAAUCGAAGGGAUACGGCUUCGUCUCCUACACGGAUUUCGAGUCUUCCGAUGCGGCCAUCGAGUCGAUGAACGGCCAGUUCCUCAUGAACAAGGCGAUAACAGUCCAGUACGCGUUCAAAAAGGAUGGGAAGGGCGAGCGUCAUGGAACCCCCGCCGAGCGUCUCCUUGCAGCGCAGGCCCGCAAGAAUAAUGCGCUUCCGGUAGCGGCGCGCCCGCCUCCAGCACCGAUGGGCGCUUUUGGUGCUCGUCCCCCAAUGCCUGGGUAUCCGCAGGGUCCUUACCAAGGGCAAUUUGCUGGGGCACUGGCCGCCGCGCCUCCACCACCGCCCGCUGGCUUCACUCCGCAGCAGACAAUUGUGCCGCAAGGCAUGCCGCAGGGAAUGCCUAUGCCUCCACCUCCAAUGCAAGGCAUGCCGCCCCCGCAGGGUAUGCCUAUGGGCGUCCCGCCUCCGCCGCCUCCCGGUGUCCCGGUCUACAACCCUCAGGCCGGAUUCGCCCCUCCUCCCCCGCCACCUGGCUACGUUCCGCAGGGCAUGCCCGGCAUGAUGCCCCCACCGAUGAUGGGGCCCCCGGGCGGUAUGCCUCCACCGCAGUACAUGCCGCCUCCUCAGCAGAUGUGAAAAGCCCCACAAGGGCGGCUCGCUGUCUGCUCAGACUAGUACCCUGGUUUCUGACUGUCUCAAUCCGGGACGUACUGAGAUCCCUCCACGGCAGGCGGUGUGUUGCGGCCGUAGUACGUCCCCAGAUGACGUAGUGUUGUCAGCUAUCGUGUUGUGUAAUGAUAAUCGCCCUCUAGGCCUC